AUGAGCUCAGAUAAGUUUCCAAUCCAUACGGCAAUCAAAGAGGGGAACUUCAACUUGGCGAAACAACUCAUCUCCCAGCAAUCUCCCAACAAAUCCACACUUGUGAAAGAUGACGAUGACCGCACGCCACUACACUGGGCUGUAUCAAUCGACAAUGCCGAAUUGGUUCAAUUCAUAGUCGAGCAUUUGCCCAAGGGCACUGACAUUGAUGAAUUAGUUGAUGGGUCCGGCUGGACCCCACUCCACAUCAAUAGCUCAAUCGGAAACAUUGAAAUUCUCAACAUCUUGAUACACACCGACCCGCAACCAGAUAUAAACUUGCCCACGAAUCAGGGAACCACCGCGUUGCAUUUAACCGUAUCCAAGAACCACGUGCGGUAUGCCAGCGUGCUCAUUGAUGAAAUGGGUGCAAACUGUCGAGUCAAGGACAAGAAGGGGUAUACUCCAUUGCAUCGCGCAAGUUCAAUUGGAUCGAUUGGUAUAUUGAAGUUGUUGAUCAAUCUGCCCAAGGGGGUUAACGUUAAUGCAAAGGAUAACGAUGGAUGGACAAGUUUGCACCAUGCCUUAGCGGAAGGACACGGAGAUGCUGCAGUUUUUCUUGUUAAUGAAGGUGGUGCUGAUAUAAAUGCUGAGAAUAAUGAAGGACAAACACCUAUUCAAGUUGCUGUUGAUGAAAAAGUUGCCAAGUAUUUCAAGGAACACACGAGUAUAUAA